GAAGAAUCAAGCGGAGGAAAGAGGAUGAAGCGUUGAUGGACUAAUGGAUCUCCUGUCGUUUGUUCGCGCCAGAGCUCCACAUUGCACGAUGCGGGCGGCACGGCUGGAGAUUCCUGGUCGAGGAGGCGAGCGGCCAUCCUUUUUUUCACGUGACUCUUCAUCUGGCGACACAAGCUCUCGGCCUCCGAACAAUAUUGAAGAAGACCCGCGAACUACUGGACCCGCGGCCUCGUCUUCCUCGUCGUCAUCGGGAGAAAACUAUGAAGAUGAGUUGGACUUUGCUCGAGAGUUGGCGUCUAGCAAGCGGAAGUCCCUUGCCGGAGGUAGCUCUCGUCGAAGCAGCCGCGUCACUUUCGGCGCUGCGGCCGCCAUCUUGCAAGUUCCAGGCAUUCCCAGCCCACUGUCCGGGUCGCCGCGGUCCGGGUCACCACGCUCAGCUUCGCCUCGUUCAAGCUCCCCUCGCUCAAGUCUGUACCCUCGCUCCGGCUCGGUUAGCUUCUACGCCGAGCCCAGCUUCAUCCAGGACGUGGUAAAUGAUUACGACGAUGAUGCAGAUGACGAGGACGACCUGGAGGCCACCGACUGCGGUGUGGACGCCAGGUAGCCGCGGCGAGGCGGCGGCGAUUCGACCGCCGCCUGCUUCGUGGUGCUGCCGCGUUCAGGGUCCUCCCGAAUUGGAGCCGCUCUAGCGUCCGGCACCGGAAUGCUAGAGACGUUGCUUUGAGCAUUCCUCCCAGGACGAGGGCACCGUCUCGCACUGAAAAAUAGUCCUCCUGAAGCAUGAAUUGCGCAUUGUUACGGACACGGUGAAGAACGUAGUAGCGCUUGCUUGGUACGGAAUAUGAUUGAUGAAUAAUAAUAUUAUAUGUUGAUGACCUGAUGAAAAUCUGUGACUACAUGAUCUUUAAAAAGAGGUUGUUACGUUUGUAAGAGUUAUAUGUUUGUCCAUCUCUAAAAAGGCAUCGAAAUUCUCUAAGAAAAAAAAAAAAGCAAAUGCAUGCGCGUGUAACUCGCUUUUCAAAGAGAACAGUUUCAAUAAAAGUGUACAGACAAAUCAUAUUCGAGCAUUUCAAAAUAUUAGUGCAAGAAGGAACAGGCUCUCGAUUUCAGGUACUUGUUUUCUAGCUGCGGUUCCCUUUAAUGCAAAAAGACGUCGAUUUAUUCGCACAACCUCGUCAUCAAGAAUUUAAGUAGACUUCUUUUUCACUGUCUCACUUGAAGCUUAGCGUAAAUGUAACGGUGUUUUACUGAUUCACAGUAGAUAAUUUAAUUAUUGAAUCGGUGCGCUUCGUCGAAAGCAUAUUCAACUUAGGCUAUAUUGCCCAAAAUUUAAAGAGCCAUGGAAUGGUAAUUGGUAGCAUGUUAUAUUUGCGAUGGUUCACUCUAGAUGUUGCAGUAUGUUGAUAUCUGUGCUUCAAUAAAAAUAGCAAAUGGACUUUAUUUUCGGUCAAUUACCCAUAAAUACUAAAAGCGAGUGAGAUGGUGCCCUGUGUCCUACACACAAAAUACCUUUGUGUAGAUUGAUAUAUCGCACUGUAGUAGCAAGAGCACCUAUCGCAACCCACUUUAGGUCAGCUGAGGGAGCUAUUGGCGAAACGGAAAUACUGAUGCAGAGUCAGUGUCAAGGUUGGUCGGUUUUGAAAAUCGAGUGUUGGGAUUCGCAGCGCUAGAGCUAAAUCGCACGGCAACUUCGGUGAUAUUUGUAGGCUUAGUUGUGGACACGCGAGGUUUUGUAACGGCGAGCUACCUGAAAACUUUUGUCCUACAAAUUAUCAGCAGUUUCGGGGCAGUUAAUGCAAACUCAUCACAAAGCAUAUCGCAGCCAUUAUGAAUCAAGUACAACUUCAGUAGUCACCCCAUUAUCAGUACCUGCUGCAAUCGCACGCAUUAGCGUCAAGGUACUCCAAGGUACUUCAAGGAAGGCUGUUUUCGGAGUGUACAGAAAUAUUUGGAUAUUCCUACACAUUGAGUCUGUGGUUACGAAAGUAUUCUUUGUAACAGCAUCUAAAGAAUUUUUGAUGCGGUGACUACGCCUGCAUUGGUGUCGUUAUAAGGUGUGCCAAAGGUCGUUAGGACAUUUGGCUUUUCUCUGUAAUAAAGAGGUGACUUUUUUCAAGUGGUAGGUGCUGGCGACACAUUGAUCUACAUCUACAGUGAUCAAUCAUGUCGCACUACAAUGACCAAUUAGCUCCACAUCUUUAUUAAAGCAAUGAAUGUUGACAGAGUUAUCACAAUUGUUUGCAGUGUAAGUUGCCACCACAGCGAGCAGAAUAACUGCGUCGAAAUGAAUUAUAUGAAGUCCAUAGAGAACUGAGAAAAUCGGAAGGCAGGAUCACUGACUCAAAUGUAAGCUUGGCAAGCAGCCCCAUGAUUGGAAAGGUAAUUUUUUUGGUAGCCUCUAUGGAAGGCAACAGUACGUACUUAUGCAGCAUACCACAUAAGCUUACCUAAACAUACCUGAGAAGCGUUCAAGGUAAAACGAGUUUGUGGUUCUCUUUGCGAGAUAUGGUAGUAUAUGCGCGUCUACGAAGAAAA